AUGUAUCCGACAAGCUCAGGUUCAGCCCAGGUCGUCUCUUCACGGCGCAUCGCCAGCAUUAUCCAGGCCGCGACAAGCCGGAAUGGAGAGAAUCCCCGUGCGCUCAAUACACACUCCCUCCGCUCGGGAGGGACAACGCACAUGUACCGCUUGGGCGUCGACGCCCUGACAAUCCAAUUCCAUGGUCGAUGGGCGUCCGACACGUUCAAGAUAUACACGAGGCUGUGCAAGGAGUCGGUGACCUGCAUCACUUCAAGAAUGGUUAGUGGGGCAAGAACCGCCUCGACACUCCAAUGA